UUCUUCGGGGAAGGGUCAAAGUCAGCCACUCUGACGUCCUAGCCCAGGGAAAGGCGUGAUGGCUCGCGGUGUCACCUCCUAGAGCAACGCGCUCCGGGUCGGCCCGACACUCCGGGCCUGAGCGGGGCGGCGGCGAGGUCAGGGGCCGCUAGUCAUCAGACAUCAGGAUGAAAAAGAGAAAUGGUGUUUUUCUUUGAGGAGUCGCGUGUCAACUGCACAGAAUGAACCAGCCAUGGAAGACAAAAUACCUCACACUGUUUGACUGCCUGUGAAGAUGAUUGUUUAUUUUUGUGACAGACAGCUGUGGGAUCUGUAAUAGAAAUGAUGGCUGGCUGUGGUGAAAUUGAUCACUCAAUAAACAUGCUUCCUACGAACAGGAAAGCGAAUGAGUCCUGUGCGAAUACUGCACCUUCUCUAACUGUCCCUGAAUGUGCCAUUUGUCUGCAAACAUGUGUUCACCCAGUCAGUCUGCCUUGUAAGCAUGUUUUCUGCUAUCUGUGUGUAAAGGGAGCUUCAUGGCUUGGAAAGCGAUGUGCCCUCUGUCGACAAGAAAUCCCUGAAGAUUUCCUUGACAAGCCAACCUUAUUGUCACCAGAAGAACUCAAGGCCGCGAGUAGAGGAAAUGGUGAAUAUGCAUGGUAUUACGAAGGAAGAAAUGGGUGGUGGCAGUAUGAUGAGCGCACUAGUAGAGAACUGGAAGACGCUUUUUCCAAAGGUAAAAAGAGCACUGAAAUGUUAAUUGCUGGGUUUCUGUAUGUUGCUGAUCUUGAAAAUAUGGUUCAGUACAGGAGAAACGAACAUGGACGUCGCAGGAAGAUUAAGCGGGAUAUAAUAGAUAUACCAAAGAAGGGAGUAGCUGGACUUAGGCUGGACUGUGACGCUAAUACCGUAAACCUAGCACGAGAGAGCUCUGCUGACGGAGCGGACAGCAUAUCAGCACAGAGUGGAGCUUCUUCCAUUCAGCCUCUAGUGUCUUCUGUAAGGCCCCUGACAUCAGUAGAUGGUCAGUUAACAAGCCCUGCAACACCAUCCCCUGAUGCCAGCACUUCUCUGGAAGACUCUUUUGCUCAUUUGCAGCUCAGCGGAGACAGCAUAGCUGAAAGGAGUCAUAGGGGGGAAGGAGAAGAAGAACGUGAAUCGCCAUCUUCAGGCAGGGUACCGGCACCAGACACCUCCAUUGAAGAAACCGAAUCAGAUGCCAGUAGUGAUAGUGAGGAUGUAUCUGCGCUUGUUCCACAACACUCCUUGACCCAACAGAGACUUUUGGUUCCUAAUGCAAACCAGACAGUAUCUGAUCGAUCAGAUCGAUCAGGAACUGAUCUAUCAGCAGGGGGUGGAACAGUGAAUGCUGGUGUCAGAUCUAGAAGGCCCGAUGGACAGUGCACAGUAACUGAAGUUUAAAGUCUUCCGCUCCAUGCUCAAAGUUAAAAUGGUUAUCUGUAAAUUUCUGCCCACAUAACAUUAUACUCAUCCCUGGUAGUGCAUUUUUGGGAGUUGGGGUGGGUAAGGGUAUAGGGAGGACAGAUUUGUAAUUAAAAUGUCUAACAUGUCUGUUGAGGAAUUUAUUUAAUAUAAGGAACUUGGCGUUAAUAGUUGAGAGCGGUUUAGUAAUAACCCAGUUUUCUUGAGAUAUGUUUAUUUUAUAUAUUUUUAAAAUUUCUUCAGUUCUUUUGGCCAACAUGUGUGUAUUAUCUGUGCAUUAACAGUCCUCAUCUGACUCUUGCGUUGUGUCUUAUUUUUCUGCAUGGAUUGAAGUAAAACCAUUACUCAAAUUUGGCAUCUAUGAGAUGUUGGUAUUGGUAUGAACAGGAAGCUUAAUUAAUGUGAGAAUAAAUGUGAAUUUGGGAUUCUAAAAUAGAUGAAUAACAGCUGUUAAAUACUAAAGUUACUGAAAUGGAAAUGUAAAGAAAACAGCUAAUAACUCGUUUCAGAAUCUUGUCUGUAACAUACUUCAUGGCGUUUCCCAUAGGCUUUGCUGUCUAGUCCUUGUAGUUUGAGGUUUCUCUUGACCUGCAUUUUUCUUUUUGAUUACAGAAUUUAUAAUUUAAUAAAUACUAGAGUUUAUCAAAAAAUAA